AGAAAUCCGAUCUUCGGAGGCCUAGCGGCCCGCCUCAUGUUAGUAUUCGGAAUCAGCACAUUCGAUUACCUAUUGUUCACUAAGUUUUAAGCUAGAAGCGAUUUAUCACUUGGUGUCCUUUCCUCGUGAAUAUCGCAUUGCAGGGAUUUUCCUAAUGUUCCUUGGUUAGGAAACUACUAAAAUCUAAUCCCAUUCCUGUUCCUGUUUUUUUUUGCUGCUUGUGGUCGUUUCUGCUUCAGUUAACACAAUCAGAUGCAUGCAUAGAGGACAGACGUUAAAUAAAUCACUGUUUUUAAAGCACCCUUUAUUCACCUAAUCUAGUGAAAAUUGCUUACCGUGCACUCUGUGUUGUCGAGGUCAUCUAUUAUGGGAUAUAUUCGACGUCUGAAGUUUUUUCUUUAAAGUCCUUCGUAGUACAAAGAGGAACAGAGAGUUAUUAUUUCGUUUCUCAGUCUCCCCUAAAGGACAUCAUUAACAUAUUGGCCUUCCUUCUCUCCCGCUGUGUUGUUUCUCGCUUUCCUGCUUACACCUACUUUUGUCUGACAUACUUUAUAGUUACCCCACGUUUGAAGUUUUUGAUGAAAUCUAAAUACGAUUCGAUUUCUUUCUUUUAGCAAUCCGUUAUUAAUCAAAAAGAAGAACCGGCCAAAUUUAUGCCGAAAUCGCGUCCGCCAAUUGAACGACCCGUUUCACCGCCUAAGACAUCCUUAUCUAAAGCCAAAUUCAAUUGUACUUACACAUAUGAAGUUCAGAGUUCUGAAAUGAGUAGAUAUUGGGAAAAGUCGACGGAUUUGGAACGAAUCGCAGAUCGAUUGAUUACAAUAAAAUUAGCAGCAAAGUCGGAGAGUAAUCUUUCACGAGCAAUAGAACUUAUUAAAGAAACAGAAGAGAAAAAUAAUCGGACAAAAAAAAUUGAUUACACUUCUGCUACCAAUACCACUAGUCAGCCGAAUCAACUUAGCGAAUCUAGUCAAAAGUACUUAACUGGACAGACCGUUAUUUCAAGUGGAAAAGCGACUAAAUCAUCAUCUGAGUUACCGUCAUCAAUACUGACCAAUAACCAGCCACAAUCAUCUUCGCCUGUGACCUUACCUUCACAUUGGACACCAAUGUCGAAAAAUCAGUAUGAGAAAGUGUUAGUUGCACGAAGAGAUAAUUCAAACUGGAAACAAAAUUUAGAAAUACAAAAUCUUUUUAAACUGCCAAAUAUGAUCCCAGAAACAACACAGAGAAGUGACCUAAGGACGACAAAAGCAUUUCUCGGCUAUCCAAAACCACCGGAUAAUCGAAAUCCAACAGAAGAAUUUCGAAAGGAAUGUCCUCUCGAAUGUCGACCAGCAGAGCAUCAAGAUUGGCUCCUGUGCUAG